AUGGAAAACUCCAAGUACAUGUUUCUUCAAAUUGCAUGCUUCAUCCUCUUGUUAUCCUUGUCUCCUUCAUAUGCUCACAACAAGAGCCAUGAAAGCACGCCACCUCCUGCUGGUUCCCAAGCAAAAGUUGAUUUCAAAGGUUGCUUCAAUAAGGUUUUUGCUUUCGACUAUUCAGACACAGACACUGGAAAUGCUCACAACUUGGUCAUUGAUUUCCUAUGUGAAGCUUUCAACAUACCCCACUUGUUAGCCUAUAAAGGCUCUUUCGCAAACUUCUCAGCUGGUGCAAACUUUGCAGUAGCCAGAUCAACGACUCUUUCAAGUAAUCUCUUCAGUCAUUUCAAUUUCGGUAAUCCCCUUAUGUGGAAACCAAAUCCAGAAAGUAUCUUAACUCAAAUUGAUUGGUUCCAUAACUUUGUUGGGGAGAGAGAAUGCCAGGGAAAAGAUGAGGUUGCAUGCAAAUCAGAGCUUGGGAAUGCUUUCUUUUGGAUAGGUCAGAUUGGUGGCAAUGACUAUGCUCGUCUUUUUGCCUCUUCCAUUGGCCUUGCUAUUGCCAAUAAGCAAUUCACAGAGCAAGCUGUUAAUCACAUCUGCACACUUGCAUUGGUAAGCAUGGAUAAACUACCAUUUAUGUCAAAAGCUUAA